GUUAAUAGAGAAUGUAGCUAGUUGGUUUCAAUCAAUAUGACAUAGUGAUGAUGAAAAUGAUUAAAUUAAAAUCAGAUUCAUAAAAAAAUGAUUAAAAUAAAUUAGUCUGGUUGGUGAUUCAAAAAAUAUUAUACAACUUUUGAAAGAAAUAAUGAUUUGAUUUAGAUCCGAGCGUCUAAAUAAAAAACCAAACAUAUACCCAGAACCCCCUCUUUUAGGCGCAGCUUCGCCAAGAUUUUAGGGGGAUUUAGUGUCGAUUUUGUCGUCGGUGAGACUAUGGCGUGUUUUCAGGUGUGUUUUCAUUUUUUGCUAGGUCAAUUUUGGAGAAUCAGAUCUAGAGUUCUUAGAUGAGGAGAAUUGGGAAUUUUUGCAUGUAUGAUAAAAUUAGGCGAGCGAAUCAAUGAAUGAUGAUGAAUUGCAUGUUGUUAAACUGGUUGAUUGGAUUUUAACUAUUGGUUGACCAGAUUUUGCAUGAAUGAUGUUUGAAUUCGAAAUGCCAACCAAGUGUAUGCUUUGAAUGUGUAACCUUGAUACACUUUUAUGCAUGUUGAUUGGUGGUCAUUGAGGCAUGAUCUAGGCUUGAAUUUUAAACCUUUAUGAUAUAUGGAACAUCUAGCUUCAUGUCUCGGUGUGUUUGUGGGCUGAUUGAGCUUAAAUAUUGAUCACUCGACCUUGUGAAAAGCCUAUGAAGGCAUGUUACUUAUGUUAAAACCUAAGUGCGGGGGAGUUGAUUCUCUCCCCAUUGUGCUUGUCUAAUGAUUAUUUCCACAUAUGAUGCAUGUUGUUUGGUGUUUUUGCGGGAUAGUUGACCCUAUGCAUCCUUACAUUCACCAUUUGGUGAAUCAUCCAGAUUAUGGGUCAUAAUGUGAGUCCUGGCAAAACGGGAAUAUAGGACCACAUUGGCAACUCGACAUGUACAUGUUUGAAAUGUUCCAUUAUUGAGCUGCGAUUUCAGCAACCAUCACUCAUCCCUAGUGGCUCAUAAUCCUCAGUUUUGAUGAGCCUGUCUACCGGGAGCUGUGCCUGGAGUUAUACUCCACUUUUGUGCACUAGUAGCCGAGAGGUCAGAGGAACUGACCAUAUGUAGAGUUCAGCCUUGAUGGGGUUCACCAUACCAUCGAAUAAGACAUUUUGACCGGAGCUUUGGGACUUCACACUAGGAUUAUGACGGUGCUAGAGCGGACAUACACCUGAGAUUUUAAUCCCCAGAGGGUGUUUGAUGAGAUCUGUCUGCCGGAGGAUCAAGAUCACCACUUUAGUACGGGAUACACCAGUGCAGUUCAGGCCCCAAUGGAGAAUCCUCCACAGGCUUCUGACUCAUUUAGUGGUCCCGAGUCUCCUAGGAGGGGGACAAGUCAUCCUUUGUGGUAUGGUGGUCCUACACACUAUGGGUCGACCCCAAGAGUCUCUUCACUUGGGAUCGGUCAUGGCAACCUCAUUCUCGAGGAUUUUGGGCCGGCCACGAAUCUACAACAUGCACCUUGGCCCCAUCAUCACUAGAUUUUCCCGAUACUUCGGGGUGGACACCGCCAACUACACAGAGGUGGGGCAGAUUGAGAUCUAUCCGGUGGAGACACUCCACCAAAUGAGGCUGGUUUAGAUUGAGCGAGGCAUCGAGUAUAUUGAUGGCCUAUGACCUGUAGUGGAGGAGGCACCAAAGCCACCAUGGAGAGCACCACCACCAUUUUGCCGCUGUGGCCAUCACGGGUCUCUAUCAUCAGCUGGAGCCGGCCUCUUUCUUGAGUGACCUAGAGGCUUGAGUCUCUACCCUCGAGGGCUAGUUCGCUGGUGUAUCUUCCCAGAUCGCUCGAGAGCUAGAUGCCUGGCGACAUUCCCACCUCUUGGUACAGGAGGUUGCUCAUAUCCAGGAUGAGUGACAACCAUCACCUCCUCUCCAGGGGUAGUCUUCACAUGAGUGCCAUAAUGGCACCGUAGUAAUUCCACCUUCUUUCUCCCGACUUCGACUCUAAACUCUUAGUUUGUUAAUUGUGUGUGUGUUGAACUAGUACUACUAUUGUCUUUGUUUUUCUUUUCGUGUGAUGUUGAAUAAUGUUAUUGUGUAAUAACCUAUCUUUGUGCGAGUAUGUGUUUUUGUUUGUCUCCUUGUGAAGCUCUCUCUCCCUCGAAACUGGUCCAUCUCUAGUCCGACUUUCACUCUCCAAUUGAUUCGGUAAAUUUGUUCCACCCUUCGCUUUGCUCCAUUGGGGACAAUGUCAUGCUUAAGUGGAGGGGAUGUACAUAUAUUUGUGAUUGUCGUGUGAAUAAUUAGUGUGAAUGGCCUAUUUGAAUGUGUUGGGGCCUUGUGAUUGCCAAAUUUCUACAAUUUGAGGGCUCCAAUCACUUGUGCAUGAAUGAAUGAUAAAUGGUCGAUAUUGAGAUGUGUUUUGGAACCUAGAUUGUUGCAUGAAAUUGAAAAUUUUAGGGGUUCCAAGCACAAUUGUCCCUAGCAUGAUCUCGCUCAUUGUGCUUUGAAUUGUUUGAUGAUUAUGAUGGUGUGAAUUAUAGAGAAUAGAGUGGUGCCAUGAGAAUUCUUGAUAAUGAGUGGCUUUACUUUGAUUUCCUCUGGGUUGUUUGAAAGUGUUUGUUAUGGAGGUUAGGACACGUGUGUGGAACUCCCCAAGUUAGGACUCUAAAAUGUUUUGCAAAAGGUGCUCCAAUUUGAUUUUUUUUUUUUUUUUUUGAAAAAGUGAGGUUCUCACGUGAGAGGAAACCGGGCAUAGUGUUUGAGUUGAGCCGUUAAAGGGCUAUUCUCUUAGUUCGGAGUGUCGUUUGAGGAUGUAUUUGGGGUUCAGAUAAAUUUCUAGCAUUAUGAUCAUUUUAACUACCUUAUAUUCCCCAAACACCUUUCCUCUUCACGAACUCGUAUUGAGAGGAGAUAGUGUGCCUUUAAGCAAGUCAUGAGACCUGGUCUCUCGUUUUCACCCGACAUACAUGGCAACCCGUCUAUCGUUGAGACGUGGAGUGCAGGUUGGGAACUGGUGCUUCGGUAAUGAAUCUGACCAUCAUGUUCCCCACAUGGGGCCGAGAUAGGGAGGGAAAUGAUCCUUUCGCUCUUGGUCACUAGGGAGAGAUGCCUUGAUUUGCAUGACAUGACAAGUUUAAGUUGAGGCUCAAAAAAUUGAGUCAUAUUUUGAAAAGUAGGAGCACCACAGAGGCCUUCGAUUUUCACAUGUUUUCUAUGAGUCCCCAGUGCACACGUGAAGUAUCUAGACCUCCUUAGUUGAUUUUGAGCCAUCUUUUGAAAAGUAGGAGCACCACCACGGAGGCCUUCGAUUUUCACAUGUUUUCUUUGAGUCCACAUUGCACAAGUGAAGUGUCUAGACCUCCUUAGUUGAAAAGGUCCUCAACCGAGAAUGUGCAUGCCACAGAGAGAUGAAAGUAAAGUUUACUCGACUUU